AUGUCAGAACUGCCAGGAUUAAAAAGUAAAUCAAACAAUGCUGUUAUGGCCAAUGUACCUCGAACAAGAGGGAGGAUUUUAUUGGAACUUGCUAACGAGUUACAGGAAAAUAAAGAAGAUACGAAUACCAUUAUUACAAGUCAACAUCAAGAGCCCGAGCCGGAAUAUUCUGCUGAUAGAAAAAAUAAUGUGCUGGAGUGGGUGAAGUCAAAUAAAUUUAACGUCUACGAAAAUGAUGAUCCCCAAAACAGUCAUUCUGAUUCCGAUAACACUAACAGCACUGACGAAUACAAUCAAUCUCACAUAUCCAGGUCUUAUGUUUCCGAUUCCGUUGAUUUAGAUUCUGAUAUUAGCUCAAAUAUUUUGAUAGUUCAGGAACCAAUAGUCGUUAAUAGAAGCUUUAAAAAUGAAGUAUUUACAAAAAUGAAAGCAGACCAAAUAUCAUUAGUUGCAAAAAGAGACCCAUUAAUUCGACAUUUUGGGGAAAACUACUUAAAGAAACAUAAGCGCGCUCAAAUUUCGGUCGCUUGCUCUAAUAAAAUGAGGGAAUGCUCUAGAUUACUAAUUGAAAUGCGCCGACAUACCGAGAAGAAAAAUUUACCUUUUUUUGACAUAUUAAACCCUAUGCUCUUUGAUACCGUUGUAGCAAGUGCAAGACUAAUCAGCGGUUACAACGAGGAAACUAAAAUCUAUAAAGCUCCAAGUUUGGCCAUGCAUUUGGGAACUACACUAAAGCAAAUAUGUGAUUUGUGUAGUCAUUUGUUAAUGAAAGAUCACCCCGAUAUUUUGUGUAACGAUAAAGAUGCAAAACUAAAAGAAUUGAAGAGAUUUAAGUUGUUAGUGAAUAGUCAGUGGAGUUUUGAAAUAUCGUCAUUAGCUGUGAAAGAUCUUGCGGAAAAAAAGUGGAAUAAACCAGUUUUAUUACCUCUAACAAAAGAUAUAAUAAAAUUUAGAAAUCACGUUGUAAACUGCGCAGAAACUAAUUUUGAACUCUUACAGCAAGAUUGGACAAAUCAACAAGCUUUUAAGAAAGUAGUUGAUUCUGCAUUAUCAUAA